AUGUGGCUGAUAAACGUGCAUAGCUACGCUCUCGAGGAGUUCCUCGGCGAAGGAGAGACUCCGCCGUACGCAAUUCUCUCCCACAUGUGGUCGCGGCCAGCGAGCGCCGAAGUCACGUUUCGAGAAAUGCGCGAAGACCUCGCUUCUGCGCAAUCGAAGCCGUGCUUUAUGAAGAUAUUCCACAGCUGCGUUAUUGCCAAAUCGCAUGACUUGUCUUGGGUUUGGAUCGAUACGUGUUGCAUCGACAAGACGAGCAGAGCGGACCUCUCUGAAGCCAUCAACUCAAUGUACAGAUACUACCGGGACUCGGCGGAGUGUCUCGUGUAUUUGGCUGAUGUCUCAUUUCAUCAACCUGGAGUCCCUCGGGCCAAGAAACUUGAAGCCGUGGGCCAGAGUCGUUGGUUCUCCCGAGGAUGGACACUGCAAGAGCUCAUCGCGCCCAAGAAGCGCCGUUUCUACGACAACAAUUGGGAGGUUAUCCCCGGGGGAGCAGAUCUAUUACAAACCCUCGCCCAGGUUGGGAACUUGCCGGUUACAAUCUUGGAGAGCCGAGACCAGUUGCUAAAUAUCAGCGUUGCAAACCGCAUGGCCAUGGCUUCAAAGCGUACUACAACGCGGGGCGAAGACAUGGCUUAUUGCCUGUUCGGCAUAUUUGAUGUCAACUUGCCCAUUCUUUACGGCGAAGGCGCAAAGAAGGCUUUCCACCGCUUACAGCUGGAAAUCAUGGCAACAGACGCAUUUGACCAGAGCAUCUUCGCUUGGUGUGCCGAUCGUUCUGACAGCGGGUUGUUGGCCAGUUCUCCUUCUGAAUUUGAGAACACGCCUUCUAUUCGGCAUUUGGUUCCCUCCGCCCAUUUCUCCAUGACCGAUUUGGGCCUCUCGAUCAGCUGCGCCCUUGCGUACAUGCAAGAAGGGGAGCGUGUAGCUCCCACCAGGUCAGCUGGGAGUUUCCACCAUGUGCUUGCGCCACUUCAAUGUGACAUCGUGGAUGAUGAAUCUUAUUACUUAUGUCUCUACCUUGAAUAUGUCACGAUAUGUCGCUUCAUUGUUAAUGAUAAAUGGCUUCCCGCGUAUCGUCGUGUAAAGUGUUCGGAAUGGAAGCUUAUCCCUCGCCAAACUAUUGAGCAGCAUGCAGUAUUAAAGACUAUUGUUGUCUUGGAAGACGAGCAAUUCAGGCUCCUCCGACAUUAUUGA